UGGAGUUUCCACCACCACAGCUGAGUAAAAACAGCUAAAUGCGUCUGCUCACCUGUAACGUUCAACCGUUUCUUCUCCGCUGAGCCCGAAUUUCACCACAUGGGAGACAAGAAGAGUCCCACAAGGCCAAAGCGGCAGUCCAAGCCAUCCUCCGACGAUGUGUACUGGGACUGUAGCGUGUGCACGUUCAGGAACAGCGCUGAGGCGUUCAAGUGCAUGAUGUGUGAUGUUCGGAAGGGGACGUCAACACGAAAACCACGACCUGUUUCUCAGCUUGUUGCACAGCAAGUAAAUCAGCAGUUUGCACCACCCACACACCCGAAAAAGGAGAAGAAGGAGAAAUCGGAGAAAGAUAAGAGUGAUAAAGAACCAACACUGAAAAAGAAAGUCCAUAAAAAGAUGAGGCCCAGGUUAAAAAACAUAGACAGGAGUAGUGCCCAGCAUCUAGAGGUCACAGUUGGAGACUUGACUGUAAUAAUCACAGACUUUAAGGAGAAAGCCAAACCCACAUCCACUUCAACAAGCGCUGCUUCAGCAGACCAACACAGUCAAAGUGGCUCGAGCUCUGAUAACACUGAACGAGGGGUCUCCAGAUGCUCAUCUCGCGGAAAAGGCUCCUCAGUCAAUGGAGAAAUUCACUAACCUUCAUAUACCCAAUUAGCACAAGCUCUUCUGUACUCGCAACAGCCACAACCAGAGAUUACACUUAAUGCACACAUUUUAAUAAUACUAUAACUAAUGGUAUGAUGUCAAUCACUUCCAUUUCAGGUUGGAUUUUUCACUGCCUUCCCAUAGUGAUUAAGAUUUCAGGUGACGGGACAGAUCAGAAUUGUUACAGAAAACCGACCACGAUAAACUAAAUUGCACUCUGUACCACAUGUUGUGGUGUGGUGACUUGUUUUUUUUAGCACCUAGCAUCAAACUGUUGGUCGUUGCUGCUGAGUUGCAUUAUGAAAAAAAUGUGAAGAAAUCCUCAGAAUUGUAGUUUAUCCUUGAUUGUUGUUUUUGUUGAUGUUUUUUAUCAUUAUUUGCACUUAAUGGCAUCCUAUGUUCAUGAUAACAUGUUUUAGCAUUAUCUCCAUUUCGCCAUUAACAGUUAAUUCAUAACACUGUUAUUUGCCUUAUCAUUUUAUGCAAUUGGAUGCAAUAAUACUUUCACUGUCUAACAUUUGAGUCAAAAUAUUGAACAGUUAUUCUAAGUAUGCUUUUCCUUCACUUAGUAGAUUCAAGCACGAUUUAAUCAAUAGAAUCGUUUAUAUUGUAAAAUAAUGUUAAAUAAAAUAAGCUGUAGAUACUUGAUAUGUUUUUUUUAUGUCAAGCAGUAUGUAAAAACAUGGAAGUUUGCAUAUUAGGGUUUGUAUGUUGAAUUUGUCAAUGACUGAUUUUUACAUCAUGAAUGGUAUGUUCCAUAAAAGGACAACAUGACAAGACA